ACUGGUUCGCUUCAUUCCACUCGAUUCCGUACGUGGUGCUAUAUCGAAUACUUUACACCUAAAGGAAAAAAAAAAAAAGAAAUCGAUCAGAAGAUGCCGCCAAAAGCCAGUGGUAAAGCAGUGAAGAAAGCUGGUAAGGCACAAAAGAAUAUCAGUAAAACUGAUAAGAAGAAAAAAAGAAAGAGGAAGGAAAGUUAUGCCAUUUAUAUUUACAAAGUACUCAAACAAGUUCACCCUGAUACUGGUAUUUCAAGUAAAGCUAUGAGUAUUAUGAAUAGUUUUGUCAAUGAUGUUUUCGAACGUAUAGCUGCUGAAGCUUCAAGAUUGGCUCAUUACAACAAACGUUCGACUAUAACUUCCCGAGAGAUACAAACUGCCGUACGACUUUUACUUCCAGGUGAACUCGCUAAACAUGCCGUUAGCGAAGGCACCAAAGCUGUUACUAAGUAUACCAGUUCAAAAUGAAUUGAUAUACGUAUGCUACAAACGGUCCUUUUUAGGGCCACAAAUAAUUUAUUUACGUUGGAUAUUUUCUCUGAAUUUUAUAUUUCUCCAUAAGUAUCUAGAUUAUAAGAUACGAGACAAGAAUUAAUAAUUCCUUAUAAACAUAUAAAAUAUAUCCUGUACAAAUAUGUUAUAAAUAAAUUAGGGUAGAAUAUCUGUAAAAUAUUUUUAUAUGAAUAUAUAAAGUUUAUCUUUA